AUGUUAGGUCCGUUGUCGGGGUCCAAGGAAGUGCGUUAUCAAAACCUGCAGCCCUUUAACCGAAAGAAAUGCAGCUCAGAGGAAAAUGCUUCCUUCUUUAGCAAGAUAACUUAUUCCUGGUAUAGCAGAGUUAUAACUUUAGGCUAUAAGAAACCAUUGGAAAGAGAUGAUCUGUUCGAACUAAAUGAAAAGGAUUCAUCCUACGUUGUAUGUCCAGAUUUUGAAAAGCAGUGGAGAAGGGAAAUUUUAAAGUCAACCAAGGACAUAAAGGUGCAUGUAUAUAAAGAUGUAACAAGGAAAAGAGUUUUCCAGAAAGCAUCUCUACUGUCACCACUGUGGCAAACAUUUAAAGUCGCAUUGAUCAAGGUUACCAUUCUGAAAGUUGCAGCUGAUUUUUUCUCUUUUUUGAGUCCGCAGAUUAUGAAAGAAAUGAUUGAUCUCUGUGAGCAUCAUUCUGGCUCAUAUUGGAAUGGUUAUGGGUAUGCAGUUGCUCUUCUUAUUGUGGUGGUUGUGCAAACGCUUAUCCAUCAGGCUUUCCAACGUCUUAACUUGCUAACUGCAGUAAAAAUUAAGACUGCAAUGGUUGGCCUCUUAUAUAAAAAGGCCUUGAAUUUGUCUAGUGCUUCACGACAAAAGUAUACAACGGGUGAAAUAGUUAAUUUGAUGUCAACGGAUGUCCAGCAGCUUAUGGAGCUGACCAUCAAUUUGAACCUCUUAUGGUCAGCACCUUUUCAGAUUCUGCUGGCCAUCAUCUUCCUUUGGCAGGAACUGGGCCCCUCUGUGCUUGCAGGUGUUGGAAUGCUGCUUUUGGUUGUACCUAUAAAUGUUUAUGUAGCUGCUAAAGUGAAGCAACUCAAGAAAAGUCAGUCGAAAAACACUGAUCAACGAGUUAAACUCUUAAAUGAAAUCUUGCAUGGCAUAAAGAUUCUAAAGCUGUAUGCAUGGGAACCUUCCUAUCAUAAAAAAAUCAUGGACAUUCGGGAAAGUGAAAUAGCUAUUUUGAGAUCAUCUGGAUACCUGACAACAUUUUCCAUGCUGACACUGACAUGUAUUCCAUUCCUGGUCUCUCUGGCUACCUUUGGAGUCUAUUUUCUGUUGGAUGAAAGAAAUGUUUUAACUGCUGCCAAAGUUUUUACUUCUAUUUCAUUGUUUAAUAUUUUACGGCUUCCUUUGUUUGAUUUGCCUACAGUGAUUUCUGCCAUAGCUCAGACCAAAGUUUCUCUGAGUCGUUUAGAGAAUUUUCUGUCUUCUGAAGACCUGGAUCAUCAAAACAUUAGCACAGACUACAGAGGAAAGCAUGCAGUUAGAUUUGUUAAUGCCUCUUUCCGCUGGACGAAGAUUGGAACCCCAUCCUUACAUAAACUGAGUAUAGAGAUUCCAGAAGGCUCACUCGUGGCUGUAGUGGGUCAGGUUGGAGCUGGAAAAUCAUCUCUCCUUUCUGCAGUUCUUGGAGAUAUGGAAAAAACUGAAGGAACAGCUCAAAGAAAAGGUUCAGUGGCUUAUGUGUCUCAGCAAGCCUGGAUACAGAAUUCCACUUUGCAAGAAAAUAUCCUCUUUGGCUCAGAACUGAAUAAACUCUAUUACAAACGGGUUUUGGAGGCUUGUGCUCUGUUGCCAGACUUGGAGCAAUUGCCAAUGGGGGAUCAAACAGAAAUUGGAGAAAGGGGUGUGAAUAUAAGUGGUGGCCAGAAGCAGAGAGUGAGCCUAGCUAGGGCUGUGUACAGUAAUGCGAAUCUGUACUUGUUAGAUGACCCCUUGUCUGCUGUUGAUGUACAUGUUGGGAAACAUCUUUUUGAAAAGGUGAUUGGGUCCUCAGGAUUGUUAAAAAACAAGACUCGUAUUUUAGUGACUCACAACCUGACACUUCUGCCUCAGACAGAUAUUGUAAUGGUGAUGGAGGAUGGUAGAAUUACUGAAAUGGGUAGUUAUAAAGAACUGCUCUCCAAACGAGCAAACUUUUCUGAGCUUGUUCUAACAUUUGGUGGAGGAAAUGAAAAUAAAGAAACUCUCUCAGUAUCACAGUCUUAUCCAAAAGACAGUGUUAAAACAAGAGAUCAUAUGCCAAAGAAAAGGCAAUAUAUGGAACAUAAAAAUAUGAGCACAUUCUCAAUGAAGAAGGAGAAAGUUGCUACUGGUGCUAUGAAAAUGUCAGUUAUUUUGAAAUACCUACAAGCCUUUGGAUGGUCUUGGAUGUGGCUUACCAUAGCUGCUUACUUGGGUCAAAAUGCUGUCGCGAUAGGACAAAAUCUAUGGCUCAGCACGUGGAUAGUGGAAGCUAAACAACUUAAACACGUCACAGAAUGGAAACAGUUAAGAAACUACAGAUUUGGUAUCUAUGGGCUCUUGGGAUUCAUACAAGGUCUCUUAGUUUGUUUUGGUGCAUAUGUGCUUACUAGAGGAUCUCUGCGUGCCUCCCGGGUGUUGCAUCACCAGAUGCUAGACAGUGUACUACACCUUCCACUUCAGUAUUUUGAAACUAAUCCUAUAGGUCAUAUCAUCAACAGGUUCACCAAGGACAUGUUUAUAGUUGAUGUACGUUUUCAUUACUAUCUACGAACCUGGCUGAAUUGUACGCUGGAUGUUGUUGGAACAAUCCUUGUAAUUGUGCAUGCAUCACCCCUUUGCAUACUGGUGAUUGUUCCACUUGGAUACCUGUAUUUCACUAUCCAACGAUACUAUAUAGCUAGCUCCCGACAGAUUAGACGACUGGCUGGUGCUUCACAUACACCUGUAAUUUCACACUUCAGUGAAACACUUUUGGGCGUCUCUACAGUCAGAGCAUUUGGACAUCAGGAAAGAUUUAUGAAUCGAAACAAAGAUGUGAUCAAUGACAACAUCGUUUGCUUCUACAACAAUGUAAUCUCCAACAGAUGGCUGGCUGUCCGACUUGAAUUUCUGGGCAACUUGAUGGCUUUCUUCGCUGCAUUGUUUGCAGUGUUUGCCAGCGGCAAGGUGGAUUCUGCCACAGUGGGAUUAUCAAUAUCCUAUGCACUCAAUAUAACUCAAAGUUUGAAUUUUUGGGUCCGUAAAGCAUGUGAGAUGGAAACCAAUGCAAUCUCAAUUGAACGGGUUUGUGAAUAUGCAAAUACAGACAAAGAGGCACCCUGGAUAUUAUCCAUUCGCCCACCAGCAGGUUGGCCUAAUGAAGGAGUAAUACAGUUUGUCAAUUACAAAGUUCGGUACAGAGCAGAUCUAGGUUUUGCUCUGCAGGACAUAUCUUUCCAAACUAGCAGAGAAGAAAAGAUUGGAAUUAUAGGAAGAACAGGUGCAGGCAAAUCAACUCUCACCAAUUGUUUGUUCAGAAUAAUAGAAAGAGCUGGAGGCAAAAUAAUCAUAGAUGGAAUUGACAUAUCAUCUGUUGGUCUACAUGAUUUACGGGGCAAUCUGAACAUUAUUCCACAGGACCCAGUCUUAUUUUCAGGGACACUUCAAUCAAACUUGGAUCCACUUGGAAAAUAUUCUGAUCUUGAGUUGUGGAAUGCACUGAAAUUGUGUGACCUGAAGAAUUUUGUGCAGUCGCUUCCAAAGAAACUUCAGCAUGAAAUUUCAGAGGGUGGUGAAAAUCUGAGUGUGGGACAGAGACAGCUUAUUUGCCUUGCUCGUGCUUUGUUACGGAAGACAAAAGUUUUGGUCUUGGAUGAAGCAACAGCUUCUGUUGAUAUGGAAACAGAUAAUCUCGUGCAGUCCACAAUCCAGAAAGAAUUCUGCAACUGCACAGUACUAACCAUUGCUCACAGGCUACAUUCCAUAAUGGACUCUGACAGAGUGCUUGUUCUAGAUUCUGGAAGAAUUGCUGAAUUUGAUACUCCACAGAAUUUGUUGCAACAGAAAGGCGUGUUUUAUGAAAUGGCAUCACAAGUUGGAAUACAGCAAAAGGCAGUUAACCUCUAAUGAAUGCUGUUCAUAUUUCUUUUCAUUUGUAAAUUCUGUGAAAAGUUCUAAUGAAGAAUGUUGAGUUUCAUUUUUAUAACAUGAUUUUAAGGAAAAUCGGUAACUGAACUGCUCAUUUUAUAAAUGCUUUUAGUUUUAUAUAAAUCAUUUUGGUGGAAUUUCUAGCAAACCUUCAUAUAGGUUCUAGCAAACCUUCAUAUAGAACUUUUGAUAUUUGUGAAAGUAAUUUGAUACUUUUAUCUGUGGCCCUUGGCUACAGUGCCCACAUCUGGUGGGACUCUGCCCUGCUUCAGUAAAGCUUGUUUUGUAUUUCUCAGCAUCCACUUGGACAUUGCGCUAGUCAGAAAAUCUGUACAUCCUUCCCUCAUCUAGUUUCUCCUUGUUGCAAUUUAUUUGACCAUUACGUUUCAGUAACAUAAUAAGGGAAUAGCAAUGUCCCCCAAUUUUAUUAAAAGCAAGUAUGCAUACUUUUCAGGUCUCCAGAAUUCUUCAUCCUGCUUGGUGAUAAAUAAGAGGAUAAAGGAGCAGGGAAACUGAUUUUUUAAGCAUAAUACCACAGGCAUGCAAUCUGGUUAAAGCUGCAGCAUACUACAUACUCUGUCUUUGGAUAAGACAAGCUGCAGACCAAAGAGUUUUUGACUAUACCCCAAUGCACCUGUCCUCUGCCCCCUCCUUUUUUUGUACACAUGGCCUAUUGGAGUUCUGAGGAAUUCAAGAUUGUCAUUUUGGUUGUCCUUAACAAAAAAAGAAUAAGACCUUUUUUUGGAAACAUGCUUGAUGUGAGUUUAUCAGAAUGUUUUAAAAAUCAUUUUGAAGGAACCAUUAUGUGAUUUUUAUACUAAUCCCUGCAGAAAUAUAUACAUUACAUGGGGGGUGGGGGUGGCGGCGCUUGCUUUGUUCCAAUUGUUUGGAAGCUACAUGGCUAACAUCUUUUAUGAAAUUGUUCUAUACACACUAUCAGCUUAAUUUUUAUUUAUCUAAUUCAUUUGUUCCCUUUCUCUCAUUCUCCUCUCCUCCAUUCCAUCCUCACAAAACCCUGUGAGGUAUGUUAGGCUGAAAGAGUAUGACUGGCUUCCAUGGCACAAGGAUUUCCCAGACACUCUUAACCGCUAUACCAGGGGUGGCCAACAGUAGCUCUCCAGAUGUUUUUUGCCUGCAACUCCCAUCAGCCUCAGACAGCAUGGCCAAUGGCUGGGGGCUGAUGGAAGUUGUAGGCAAAAAACAUCUGGAGAGCUACCGUUGGCCACCCCCGUGAGUCUAUACCACAUUGGUACUCCAGUCUUUAUCAUUUUAUUGGAGUUUAUUGUACCAUCCUUUCCAGAUAAGAACACUGUUUUCCUUGUGUACAAGGCAUGUUUACCAGCAGGACAUUCUGAUGGAACAACUCAUCUUUAGCUUCCCUUCAGCCUUUUCAGUUUAACAAGCAGAUGCUCUUAGCCCCAGAUGCCCAGCUGUUGAGAGCAUCACAUGACAAAGACACUGUGGCAUGUUCUGGAUCCAAAUGCUCUCCUGUACUAAAAAAAUUCCCUACAAAUAAAAACUCCAACCCUUCAAGCACCCACACAUGCAGGUUUUUAGUGGACAAAAAAUUACAUUUUUGCAAAAAGGAACAAACAAGUAUUCUUACAUAGUCUUUCAUAAAAGUGAAAUGAUUAAAGCCUUUGAUUUUCUCUCAACAGGGCAGACUUACUAACACGUUCUGUAAAAAUAUAUCAAGUGCCUAUUAUGUAGCUAUUGCAUAGUUAAUUUUUAGGAUGUCUUACACCCAAUAUAUCAGAAUGUACUGAAGCCUAACUUUGUCCACAAGGGAUGAACCUUAACUAUAUUUCUGAAACUUUUUUAAAAAAUCUCAAAAAUGCAUUGAUGUUUCUGAUACCAAGAUACCUCUUGCGAGCACAACUAUAACUCAAGUCAUAAACCUAAUUUGCUUUUCAACUAUGUGUUAUAAAUAUUUUAUGCAAACUAGUUUACGCCUCCCAUUCCAAAAACAGAAUGACUCAUUUCAGAUUUGUCUUUACAAAUUGAAUGUGGCCUGUUUUGGGACAGGUAUCCCAAUUAUCUUUGGAACAAUGCAAUAUUUAUAUUAUUUAAUUUUUUAAUAAAUCUGUUAUAAAUUAUUUGAAUAAAAUGGAUUUAUGAAUA